AUGUCUUUAGUUGCUUUGAAAAACGGGAUAAUUAAACUAAUUAGCAGUAAAGACAAAUCACAAGAAGAAUUGCAUAGAGUUAAUAGGCUAUUAGACAAUAAUCAGAACCCAUAUGGAUCAACAGAAAACGGCUUUUUACCUAGAGAUGAAAGGGCAGCAGAUAUAGCUAGACAAGAAGCCGUAAUUCAAGCAGCUGAAUCAAUAGCUUCAUCCUCGGAAGAUAAAGAAGAUGGCCAAGGUGAAACUUAUUCGCUUACACAAUUUUUCAAUAGGUUUGACCCUAGAGUCAUGUCGGAUAUUAUCAUUGGUUUGAGUGACGGGUUGACUGUCCCAUUUGCAUUGACUGCUGGUCUAUCUUCAUUGGGCGAUGCCAAAGUGGUCAUAACCGGUGGUAUGGCAGAACUAGUCUCUGGUGCAAUAUCAAUGGGUCUAGGAGGCUAUCUAGCAGCAAAAUCUGAAUCAGAGUACUACAUAUCACAAGUAAAGAAGGAAAAAUUGGAUUUCUUCAAAAAACCAGAAUCGAUAAAUCAAGAAGCCGCCGAGAUUAUGUUUGAACUAGGAGCAACUGAAGCAACUAUCAUAAGUUUUCUAAAAGAUUUGGAUUCAAAGCCGAAAAACCUUAUUGAUUUUAUUAUAAGAUUUGGGAAAGGUUUAGAAGAGCCUGCAGAAGGUAGGCAACUUAUAUCAGCAUUAACCAUAGGCUUAUCUUAUUUCUUUGGUGGAUUUGUUCCACUUUUGCCAUAUUUUUUCACUAGUGUGGUUAAGACGGGGUUAUUGAUUUCAGUUAUUGUUAUGUUAAUUACUUUAUUUGCUUUUGGUUAUAUAAAGACGUCAAUUUCAGUAGGUGAAGUUUGUGGGUAUCAAAAGAAAGUUACCGAGGGAUUCCAAAUGGUCGCUGUUGGCUCGGUUGCUGCCGGCGCCGCUUGGGCCCUUGUAUAUUUUAUAGAUAAUUGA